AUGGCGUCGCCACUAGUUGCCUGCCGUGGCGCAUUCCGGCGCAACACCGUCCCUUUCAGCCUGGCCCUCACAACCGGGCUAGUCAUGGUAAAUAGACAAAGGCCAAUGCGGUGCGAUUCGGCCAUUCCUGUCUCGGUCCCGGGCAGCCGACACGGCUCGACGGGCCACCGAAAGAAGGAGAGACUCAACUCUGAAAUCAUCAAGCAGCUUUCCGGGGGCAGCUUGUCCGGCUUCUGCGCGGGCCUGCUCGUCAGCGUCUUUUCUCGGACAUUGGUCCUACUGAUGGGAGUUUCCAUAGUGUUUAUCCAAGUCGCAUCCCGCUAUGGAAUAAACGUGGUAGAGCAGCUUAAUCUGAAGAAGCGCGUCGAAUCAUCCAAGAUUCUCACAAUGCUGAGCAAAAACACCGCCUUCAAAGUUGCCUUUGGCGCAUCUUUUGCGCUGUCCGCCUUCAUGUCUUUCUGA